AUGUCAUCUUCACAUGCCACGCUGAGUGCGGCAGCCGACGACCGCAAGGCACGGCUUGCCAAGCUACGGUCAAUCAAGCGCAAGCAGCCCGGAGACGAGAUCGUGCCACCAGAGUCCGACCGCGUAUCGCCAGCAGUACUCACCGGGUUGGAAGACAGUGGUGCAGAGCACACUGCCGAAGAAGAGGCGCCCGAUGUCUCGCGGCUUCAUCUGUCUGGGCGAAACUACGACCCCGAGGCGCGUGGCGCAAAGCUGGGCUUUGAGGCACCCCCGAACCUGGCUGCCGGUAGCGACACACUGGAGGCCAAGGCAGCCGACAUCGAGGCCGACAUACGGAGACAGCAAGAAGAGGAGGACGAAGCGGACGCGAAUGGAAAGGACGGCGGUGAUGGCGGUGCCGCUGCCGCUAGCAGCAAGGGCAUUGACCUCUUCAAGCUGCAGCCGAAGAAACCAAACUGGGACCUGAAGAGAGAACUGAACAAGCGGUUGGAGCCGCUCAACGCGCGCACCGACAGAGCUAUUUCCAAGAUUGUCCGCGAGCGUCUGUCGGCAAAGCAGCAGUCGGGCCAGAAACAGACACAGGCAUCAGCCAGCACAGGCGAUGACGGCCAAGGGGCUCUGGAGGGCGCUGCCUUUGUAGAGGGCAUUCGGAUACGGGAGCAAGAAGCAGAGAAGGAAGAGCGGCGGGAGCGUGAGGCGGAGGAAGACGAAUGA